UAAAAGGUGACUACCGACUUCUUACCAGAUGUACCCAUUUUGUAAAAUGGGAGAAGGUAUGGGAUAGAAAAAUUUUCCACAACUUAAAAAGUUUGGGGAUGGGAUGGGAAAGCAAUCCCUUUUCCCCGUUUAUAUUCUGUGAAGCGUUGUCACAGUUUUCUAUCUCAAUCCUCUGCAAGAUGGGUGUUGGAAGAGAGCAUAAUCUCUUUUCUUUUUCUUUCUUUCUUUCUUUCUUUUUUUUUUUCUUUUUCUUUUAUGAGGAUGUUUUAAGCAUGUAGGUGAGGAGGAUUCAGAGUGGAGAAUUAAUACUUAAUUCAAAAUCUUCUUACAACAUAAUUUAUUUAUUUUAAAAAAAGAUUUGAUGGGGAAUAAUAACUUGUGGAGAAUAUAUAUCUUAGACAUGAAUUGUGGCACGUGCGAGCUUAGCAAAGUAUUGAGAAGAUAUAUAUUAAAGAUUAGACGAAGAGUCGAGUGGCUGUGACAAACUUAACGUCCGCGGCACGUGAUUCUAUCAUUCCUUCAUUAAUGAAAAACAAAAAAAGGAAAAAAAGAUCCCGACAGUGUUUAGAAUUAGCCACAGCUUCAAUGGCUGACGUACGUCUUGAUAAAUUAUUACAUAGUAACUCACUCACCCCUCUUCAACCGCGUUGGCAAAUUCGCGUUCAGAAGCAACUAUAACAAUCCAUUCCCCUUUCAGAAUCCUCUCUUCUUCUUCUUUUUCAUCUUUUACUUCAAUCCCCUUUGUGUUUCAAUCUGAAAUAUCAUUUCUUUUUCUACCAACCCACUUCCUUCAUCCAUAGAAACCUAAUUCCAUCCUUAAAUUUGUUUUACAAUUGAGUUCUGAUUCUUCUGCGUAAGUCUUUCGAUCUCGAUUACCCUUGUUUCAAUUUGGGUUCUUUUGAAUCUUAUUGCUUGUUGUGGAACUGGUGAUGAAAGAUUUCUACUCGCUUUUGUGAUUCUGUUUGUGCCCUAGCUAAACUGCUGCUUCUUCUAUUUCUUGUGCUGUUAUUUUUUAUUGUAUGAAGAGGUUUUGGGUGUGAGGUAAAAGGUAGAAGGUUUGGAUUUUUUGUUAACUAAUGUCCGUAGAAAGAUCUUUUGAAGCGUGGGAGGAGGUGCAGAGGCAUGGUCAGGAUUUGGCGGAUCGUCUUGCUCAGGGUUUUACGGGAUUGAUUCAUUCUCAUAUAUCCUCGCCUUCUUUUUCUUGGCCCAAUCCUCCUAAUUCUAAGCUUUUUGAUCUUGAAUUUCCGGGCCAGAGUUUUGGUAUCAAGGAUUAUGGGUUGACUGCUCAUAAUUCUGGAAUUAAUGGGGUUACAUCAAUUUUUGAUAUUGGGAACCGGAUUGGACAAGCUGGGGCUGAUUUUGGUGCCUGUUUGAAUGGUAUGGUACAGCAGUUUUUCAGACAGUUGCCAGUGCCGUUUCGGCAAGAGGAGAAUGUGAUAGCAUCGAUUAGGAUGGAUAUGGAUAAGAGUUGGCAGAGGGAUGAUACGGGAGUUGCUGUUCAAGGGAACCGCGGAACGUUAUCGGAGUGCUUGCGUAAUUCUGAACUUGCUGAUAAAGUUGGUGUUUCAGAUGGGGCGGUUGAUGAUGAAGCUUCUGGCUUUGAUUUAAAGACUAUAGGUCAUCUGGGUAGGGCUCAGGGCACGAUCAACAUUUCUUCAACCUAUGAUAGCAGAUCACGAGAUGUGGAAAGUUCAUUAGUUGCUAGAGGAGAUUUAUGGAGAGUAGAGGCAUCGCAUGGCAGAACCGCAGCUGGAAAUGACAAUUCAUCUUUAUUUCUACUGCAGCUUGGGCCAGUACUCUUUGUUCGUGACUCAACACUUCUUUUGCCUGUCCACCUAUCAAAGCAACACUUGCUUUGGUACGGUUAUGAUAGGAAGAAUGGAAUGCAUUCUCUAUGUCCAGCAGUCUGGUCAAAGCAUAGAAGGUGGCUGUUUAUGUCAAUGCUUUGUCUCAAUCCCCCAGCUUGUUUGACUUACGUGUCGGGUGAAGGUUUAACUACAACAGCAUUUAUGCCCUUUUGUGGAGGCCUCCUUCAAGCUCAAGGUCAGUGUCCAGGAGAAAUGAGAUUCAGCUUCUCAUGCAAGAAUAAGUGGGGAACCCGAAUAACACCAAUAGUGCAAUUGCCUGACAAAUCAUUUACUUUGGACCUUGCUCAAUCAUUAGCUUGGAAGAGAUCAGGUCUUUUGGUGAAGCCAACUCUUCAGUGCAGUUUGAGUCCAACUUUUGGCGGAAGCAAUCCUGGGUUUCGUGCUGAAAUUGUUCAUUCAGUGAAGAAACAUCUAAAUCUCAUGUGCGGUUGUUCUUUCAUUGCUCACCCUUCUGCAUUUGCUUCAAUUUCUAUUGGCAGGUCAAAGUGGAACGGAAACGUCGGGAAUUCAGGGGUAGUUGUAAGAGUUGAUACUCCACUCUCAAAUAUUCGUAGAACGUCCUUCUCUGUUCAGAUAAAUACUGGGAUUGAGUGUUAGAUCUUAAGAAACAUGAGUUUUUGAUAGUUUACAAGUGUAUAUAUAGUCUCAAAACUGUUGUCUGUUACCUACUCGAUGGAUGAAUAUAUAUCAACUAUUGAUUGAAGCCAUCGUUUGUAAAUUUAUGACAGUUCCUUUUCUUCUUUC